AUGUCAGAGUUCGAACCCCGCAAUUCCUUGCCCGACUGGACGAUGCCGAAGAGUAUAAGCAACCUGUCACUAACCGCCACUGUUACAUAUACUUUCAGCGACCAGAUGCUUCACAGGCUACCACCAGAAAUCUGGCUUUCCAUAUUCGAGCACCUCCAAUUCCCUCAGCAUGAACUUGCACCCAUGGCCUCCAUCUCGCGAUACACAAAAGGAAUUGUCGAAACCGUGUUAUACAGGGAACCUUCCAUUGGAUUUUCACUGAAAAGGAAGGGAAUCUCCCAUCUGGUCGAGCAGUUUCGUCAAACAGUUACCAAAGGAGACGGUCGGCUUGCUGAUGUUGUUCGAACGCUAUACCUUGGUAGAUAUCCACCGAACACCACCGGAUCGACGCCGGGACAAAUCGACAGAUGUCUGACGAGCGCCCUUCUGUUAUCAUUGCACAAUCUGAAAUAUCUCACGGUUCUAUAUCAAGGCGUGACCAUUGCGCCCCCCAUAGUCAAUGCAUCAUGCCGGUUUACCAGUAUUACUCACCUUUGCUGGUCGGCGGAUGUGAAAGAUGCAAUUUCGUUCGCGUUUUUCCUCGAGUCGAUGCCUUCGUUGGAGUACGUGAAGGUUAACGGGGACGGCAUAGGAUCUAUUCCAUUGGCAACAGACGCGUUGCCCUUGCUCCGUUUUCUGAGUGACAGCUCGCUUGACUUCGCAAAGAGCGUCCUCACAGAUAGACAUGUCCCUCACCUGGGCCUGGCAACUGAAAAUCUCGAAUCUUUAUCGCCACUUCUCGAGUUGCGGAUAGACGCCACGCCCUUACCCAUGUUGAAGUGUGUUCAGUCGCUCUUGAUCACGUCUAACACAAUCGACCCAUUAUCCUUAACGGUAUACGCUCGCUUGUGCCCCGAAAUCAAAUACCUCCAAAUCACCUCUGAUGAACCCAUCGAAAGUCUAUCUGCAUUGCUUCUCUUCGUCGACAACCUCUUCGGGACGAAGGUUGAAUUCCUUCAACUCAAUAUUAUAUGUGACGACAACGUAGAGUCUGUGACAGACCUUUUCUCUGCACUUCCCUCCUUGAAGAUGUUCGAUUUUGCGCGCAUGAAUGAUGAUGCCGACUCCGGUCUCCUCCGGUUUCGCAGGGACAAGUUGGACGAUAAACCUGAUUGGCUUGAAGGGGAGUCAGUCAGGGACUGGAAUCAGUGGUGGACGGAUGUCGACGAAGAGUUAGAGAGCGUCAAGUUGUAG